CUUCUGUAAUCAUGGCAAAACCUUAUGAAUUUAACUGGCAGAAGCCAGUUCCCUCUUUUAUGCAAGAUGGAGCUGUGUUUGAUAGAUAUGAAGAGGAAUCUUUUGUCUUUGAAAGCAACUGUCUCUUCCAAGUGGAUGAAUUUGGUUUUUUUCUGAGCUGGAAAAGUGAAGGAAAGGAAGGACAGGUAUUAGAAUGCUCCCUGAUCAACAGUGUUCGCUUUGGAGCUGUACCAAAGGAUCCCAAGAUACUGACUGCACUUGAGGCUGUUGGAAAAUCAGAAAAUGAAUUGGAAGGACGGAUAGUGUGUGUUUGCAGUGGCACAGAUCUGGUGAACAUCAGCUUCACUUUCAUGGUAGCGGAAAACACAGAAAUAGCCAAGCAAUGGGUAGAAGGGCUUGGAUCCAUCAUACAUAACUUUAGAGCUAACAAUGUCAGUCCAAUGACAUGUCUCAAGAAACACUGGAUGAAGCUCGCCUUUCUAACAAACACAAAUGGCAAAAUUCCAGUUCGGAGCAUUACCAGAACCUUUGCAUCAGGUAAAACAGAAAAAGUGAUCUUUCAGGCACUUAAGGAAUUAGGUCUUCCCAGUGGAAAGAAUGAUGAAAUUGAGCCUGCAGCAUUUACUUACGAGAAAUUUUAUGAGCUCACCCAAAAGAUAUGUCCCCGAACUGACAUAGAGGAUCUCUUUAAGAAGAUCAAUGGAGACAAAACUGAUUAUUUAACGGUAGACCAAUUAGUGAGCUUUCUAAAUGAACAUCAACGAGAUCCUCGGCUCAAUGAAAUUUUAUUUCCCUUUUAUGACACAAAAAGAGCAAUGCAGAUAAUUGAGACAUAUGAGCCAGAUGAAGACUUGAAGAGUAAAGGUGUCAUAUCAAGUGAUGGGUUUUGCAGAUACUUGAUGUCAGAUGAAAAUGCCCCAGUUUUCUUAGACCGUUUGGAAUUAUAUCAAGAAAUGGACCAUCCUUUGGCUCAUUAUUUCAUCAGUUCCUCUCACAAUACGUAUUUAACAGGCAGGCAGUUUGGUGGCAAGUCUUCAGUGGAGAUGUACAGACAAGUACUUUUGGCUGGAUGCAGGUGUGUUGAAUUGGACUGUUGGGAUGGCAAAGGUGAAGACCAAGAACCAAUAAUAACCCAUGGAAAAGCGAUGUGUACAGAUAUUCUUUUCAAGGAUGUUAUUCAGGCCAUUAAGGAAACAGCGUUUGUUACAUCAGAGUACCCUGUCAUUCUUUCAUUUGAAAAUCAUUGCAGCAAAUACCAACAGUACAAGAUGUCAAAAUACUGUGAAGAUCUGUUUGGAGAUCUCCUAUUGAAGCAGCCGCUAGAAACACAUCCACUUGAUCCAGGUAAAGCCUUACCAUCUCCUAAUGACCUCAAAAGAAAGAUUCUCAUAAAGAAUAAAAGGCUGAAACCUGAAGUAGAAAAAAAACAGCUCGAUGCUCUGAAAAAAAUGAUGGAGGCUGGGGAAACUGCUGCUCCUGUAAAUAUCCUAGAGGAUGAUAAUGAAGAAGAAAUAGAAAGCGCUGACCAGGAAGAAGAAGCUCAUCCCGAGUACAAGUUUGGAAGUGAUCUUGUAGAUGAUUACAGUCAAAAAGAAGCUGUUGCCAUCAGUGUCAAAAAGGGUUUAGUAACUGUUGAAGAUGAGCAAGCGUGGAUGGCAUCUUACAAAUAUGUAGGUGCCACAACCAAUAUACAUCCAUAUUUAUCAACAAUGGUCAACUAUGCUCAACCUGUAAAAUUUCAAGGUUUCGAUGUAGCAGAAGAACGUAAUAUUCAUCAUAAUAUGUCCUCCUUCAAUGAAUCAGUCGGACUAGGGUAUUUGAAGACUCAUGCCAUUGAGUUUGUGAAUUAUAAUAAACGACAAAUGAGUCGGAUAUACCCAAAGGGAGGCCGAGUGGAUUCCAGUAAUUACAUGCCUCAAAUUUUCUGGAACGCUGGCUGCCAGAUGGUCUCACUGAACUAUCAGACUCCAGAUGUGUCAAUGCAGUUGAAUCAAGGAAAAUUUGAAUAUAAUGGAUCAUGCGGGUAUCUACUUAAACCAGAUUUCAUGCGGCGACCAGAUCGAACAUUUGACCCAUUCUCUGAAACUCCUGUAGAUGGUGUAAUUGCUGCAACAUGUUCUGUACAGGUAAUAUCUGGUCAGUUCUUAUCAGACAAAAAGAUUGGUACGUAUGUAGAAGUGGACAUGUAUGGCUUACCCACGGACACGAUACGUAAAGAGUUUCGAACACGCAUGGUGAUGAACAAUGGUCUGAACCCUGUUUACAAUGAAGAGUCAUUUGUAUUUCGAAAGGUUAUUCUCCCUGAUCUUGCUGUCCUGAGAAUAGCAGUGUAUGAUGACAAUAACAAGUUGAUUGGUCAGAGGAUCCUACCUCUGGAUGGGCUGCAGGCAGGUUACAGACACAUUUCCCUUCGGAAUGAGGGCAACAAACCACUCUCUCUUCCAACGGUUUUCUGCAACAUUGUGCUUAAAACAUACGUGCCUGAUGGGUUUGGAGAUAUUGUGGAUGCUUUAUCAGAUCCAAAGAAAUUUUUGUCUAUCACAGAAAAAAGAGCAGACCAAAUGAGAGCUAUGGGUAUCGAAACCAGUGAUAUAGCUGAUGUACCAAAUGACACUUCAAAGAACGAUAGGAAAGGAAAAGCCAAUAAUCCCAAAGCCAACGUAACACCUCAGAGUAGCUCUGAACUUCGACCAAGUACUACUGCAGGCCUUGGAUCUGGGACCGAUGCUAAGAAAGGUAUAGACCUUAUUCCUCAAGUGAAGAUAGAAGAUUUAAAGCAAAUGAAGGCUUACAUAAAACAUUUAAAGAAACAGCAGAAAGAGCUGAAUGCCUUAAAGAAGAAACAUGCAAAGGAGCACACCGCUAUGCAGAAGUUGCACUGCACACAAAUUGACAAAAUAGUGGCCCAGUAUGAUAAAGAAAAAGUGUCAUACGAGAAAAUGUUAGAGAAGGCAAUCAAGAAGAAAGGAGGAAGUAAUUGUGUUGAAUUGAAGAAAGAAACGGAAAUUAAAAUUCAGACACUAACAUCAGAUCACAAAUCUAAGGUGAAAGAGAUUGUGGCACAGCACACUAAGGAGUGGUCGGAGAUGAUCAAUACACAUAGCGCCGAAGAGCAAGAAAUCCGUGACUUACACUUGAACCAACAGUGUGAACUACUGAAGAAACUGCUAAUUAAUGCUCAUGAACAACAAACCCAGCAGCUAAAAUUUUCCCAUGACAGGGAAAGCAAGGAGAUGCGUGCCAACCAGGCUAAAAUAUCUAUGGAGAACAGCAAAGCCAUAAGCCAAGACAAGUCUAUCAAAAAUAAAGCUGAAAGAGAGAGGCGAGUCAGAGAACUGAACAGCAGCAACACAAAAAAGUUCCUGGAGGAGAGAAAAAGGCUGGCAAUGAAGCAGUCAAAGGAAAUGGAUCAGUUGAAAAAAGUUCAACUUGAGCAUUUAGAAGUCUUGGAGAAGCAAAAUGAACAGCUUUUGAAAUCCUGUCAUGCAGUGUCUCAAACACAAGGCAAAGGAGAUGCAGCAGAUGGUGAAGCUGGAAGCAGAGAUGGAUCGCAGGCCAGCAACAGUGGUCUAAAGCCUCAACAAGCAAAUUGA